UGUAAUGUUUUGAUUGAACACGUGCUAAGAUAGGUUAAGUUUACAUAGUUACUGCAGUUGUUUGAAAAUGGGUGAGGAGAUGGAGGUUGAGGAUACGAAGCGGCUCCUGUGCCGUUUCGUUUCUGAAAAUGGUGACAAAGUUGGUGAUAUGCUGGAUCUUCCUGUGGACUGCAACGUGGAGCAGCUGGGGCUCAUCUGUAACGCUAUUUUACAAAACGAGGAGAAAACCCCAUACCUGUUCUUUGUCAACGAAAAGGAAAUCACAGCCACCCUAAUCAAAGCACUGGAUCCCACAAAACUUAACACAGAAGAUGUUAUUGAUAUUGUAUAUGAAGAACAAGCAGUAUUUAAGGUCAGACCUGUAACAAGAUGUACAAGUUCCAUGCCAGGGCAUGCAGAGGCUGUUAUAUCAGUGAGUUUCAGUCCAGAUGGUAAGCAUUUGGCUAGUGGAUCUGGAGAUAAGACUGUGAGAUUCUGGGAUGUGCACACACAAACACCACACUUCACAUGCCAGGGGCAUAAUCAUUGGGUGCUCUGCAUUGCCUGGGCUCCAGACAGCAGUAAAUUGGCUUCAGGCUGUAAGAAUGGUAAAAUUAUGAUCUGGGACCCACAGACUGGGAAGCAGUUAGGGAAAGUGCUUAGUGGUCAUAAGCAAUGGAUAACUGCUUUAAGCUGGGAGCCUUACCAUCAAAACAGUGAUUGCAGAUAUCUGGCUAGUUCUUCAAAGGAUGGAGAUAUUAGGAUAUGGGAUGUCAUCCUUGGGUCAACAGUGAGGGUACUGUCUGGACACUCAGCCUGUGUAACUGUGGUGCGUUGGGGUGGCUCCAAUUUAAUCUACUCGGCUUCGCAAGAUAGGUCCAUCAAGGUUUGGAGGAGCAACGAUGGUGUUAUGUGCAGGACUCUGUUGGGUCACGGUCAUUGGGUGAAUACGCUGGCACUGAAUACAGAUUACAUAAAUAGGAUAGGACCUUUCGAUCCGGUUAAGAACAACCAACAAGUCAGGACAAUGAAGAAAGCGCAGCUGAAGGAGUUCGCGCUUAAGAGGUACAACGAUGUUGUACAGUCAAACGGAGAGCGUUUAGUCUCCGGCUCCGAUGAUUUCACUUUAUUCUUAUGGGACCCGGAGAAUGAAAAGAAACCUCUGGCUAGGUUGACCGGACAUCAGCAAUUAGUGAAUGACGUUAAAUUCUCUCCUGAUGGAAGAGUCCUCGCUUCGGCGUCUUUCGAUAAGUCUAUAAGGCUGUGGGAAGCUAAGACCGGGAAGUUCAUUUGCACUCUGCGAGGUCACGUGCAGGCUGUGUACAUGGUCGCAUUUUCAGCGGAUUCCAGAUUGAUGGUCAGCGGCAGCGCUGAUUCUACAUUGAAGCUGUGGAAUAUCAAGAACAAGAAGUUGGAAAUUGAUUUACCUGGACACGCGGACGAAGUGUUCGCCGUCGAUUGGUCGACGGAUGGAGCGAGGGUCGUGUCAGGUGGCAAAGACAAAGUACUCAGACUUUGGCAAAACUAAAUUGUUGUUUAUAUU